CAUCACGCUCUGCCCGACAGCAUGUUUGCAGGAUAAAUGACUCUACACAGCCUGAGGUGGACUGCACUCCGGCGGGACUGUAAACGAUGGCCUGGAGAGUGUGGUCAAAACUCAUCUUUGGACAAAAAUGGCUGAUCCUUCUCUCUCCCCUCAUUCUCCUCUUCCUCGCCAUUUCGGUGAUGAUGGUGACUUUCCCACUUCCUUUACCACCAUCUGAGAUCGACCGGCUACCGUCUCGAGUCCUGAGUUCUGCCGGAGGAGUCCGACCCAGGGUCAGAGUCAUGGCUCCCCCUCCAACUGCAGCCUCCCAGCAGCCACUCAGUCGCCCUCUCCUGCCCAACUUCCACAGUGGGGCGUGGAAAAGAAACAAUGGAAAAGAGCAGUCGGAACAUUUAAUCAUGGUGGCCAAGCCACCUAAAGCUUGGGGGAAUAUCUCUGGCACAGCCACAAGAGAGAGAAAUCACGCAGACUCACGCAAGAAUAAACACAAAGGCAAAGGCAUUGCCUCCAAAAGGAAAGAGGAGCCAGGCGCCAGGCAGCAUCCAACCAAUCAUCACCAUCCCAGUCUGCCAGAGUUUACAGUCAACAACUCUGGGCCAAAGCAUAAAAUUAAGCUAAGCAACCACACUGCUGUGGUAGAAGUCGCUGCAAAGGCACACAUUCAUCUUGAAAAGAGCCAGUCCACACCUUAUAUCCCUUUUCCAGCAGAUGCCCAAAUAAGUGACAGAGGAGGUGCAGGCAGACAAGCAGGCAGAUGGGCAGACAGACAUGCAAACAGCCAUGCAGACACCCAAGUUGAUGGCAGGCAUACAAGCACAAAGCUAGCUGAACAUAAACAAGCUUUAGAAAAACACAGACAUGCAACAAAGCACUCGAGGAAAUCUGACAAAGUCAGUAAGGAGCAGCAGGCUGUGAAAAAGCCCUCCAGGGAUCUCAACAAACACCAUAAUCUCUCAGAGGACCCAAUUGAAAGGAAAAAGAGUCUCGGCUCGUUGGACCGUAGCAAGGCUUUGUCCAAGCCUAAGUUAGCAGUAAAGAAGGAUGACGGUGGCCGGUGUCAGAACGUCAGGGAACAGGACUUCCCAGAUAGCGACCAGAGAAGAAUCAGGAUCAGUCCAGAUCUGCAGCCUCUUCCCUGGCUCAGUGAGGACGAUACCCAGAAGAUGCAGCUCCUUGCUGGCGGGGAGGUGGUCAGCAAGGCCAGGGUGCCGGCACAUGGACGUGUCCUCCAAGUCGGCCUGAAUAGUCCUCCUACCAAUCAGCAGAACCCACAGACAUCCAUGGGACCUCAAAAGAAGCACUCCACCCAGCACGGUGCUGCAGCAACCCACAGUGAGCGCUGUCAGCAGGGGAGCUGCUCUCUGAUCAAACGCAGCGACGACUGGUUUGAGGUCUUUGCCUUCCACCUGGACAGGGUCCUGGGACUCAACAGAAGUCUCCCUGCGGUCCUAAGGACAUUUCACAGUGCGAUUCUGCCUUACAAGUACACUAGCGGUACCCCCAGGCCUGUGGUGUGGUGGGACCCAGACAUUCAGCACCUGGCUGACAGCGACAAUGACCAGAACUCUGUGUCGCUGAAAUGGGUCCAGUAUCAGGAGCUGCUACAAGUCCACUGUGGGAAGAAUGCAGACCUGAAGUCAGCGCCCUGUGUGGGGGUUCACCACUCAGAGUGGGGGAGACUGGCUCUCUUUGACUUCUUAUUACAGGUGAAUGACCGACUAGACAGAUACUGCUGUGGUUUCAGACCUGCACCAUCAGAAACCUGCGUGGAGAACCUGCUGCACGUCAAAUGUGGCAACACCAAGGAGCUGGUGCUGGUUCACAUCCUGGUGAGGAAGGCAGAUCCCUCCAGACUGGUGUUCAUAGACAACGCGGGCAGACCGUACCAACCCACUGACAACCUCAACUUCAGGCUGGUUGAGGGCAUAGACGAGUUUCCAGAGAAAGCUGUCUCAGUGCUCCAGUCAGGCUGUCUAGAGAGUCGUCUUCUUCACUCCCUUUACACGGACAGGGAAUUCUGGGAUAGCCAGGGCGGGGCCAGUGGCCUCAGGCCUCUCAUCCGCACUGUGGAGGAGAGAGGACGGAUUCUUCUGCAGCACAUCAGGGACAAGAAGCUCCGGCUCAACAGGGACCUGUGAUUGAAUGGACCGGACAUGAAGAAUGUUCAUCCUGCACCAAAAGGAGGUUCAGGAUGAACUGCAACCUGGAAAAAUGAAAUAAUUCAACUACUCUUGGAGCUUUAAUGUUGGAAAGCAGCAUGUUUCAGACAUCACUUGGGAUACAGAAUCGUAUGCGUGCAGUUGAAGACAGUAAUUAUAUUCAGCUGUAUUAAUUAUCACUACCUCAGGGACUGAUCAUGUUGCAGUAAAUCAGGAACUGCUGUCACGUGAAGGCGCUAUCACCAGUCACUAUCAUCAGUCUAGAGCUAAAACAUUAAAACCGUCAGAGGAAAUCACAUAGGCUUUUUAAUAAUAAAACUUUUUCUCCAAGAGUAGCUACCAUCCCUCUCUCCUAACGGCAUCCUGUCACAGGGAGAUGAAAUAGAAUCCAAGUUACAUGUUAACUGGAUCAAGUAAGCAGCAUCCUUGCAGAACGCUAGGGACAAACGCGCCAUCAAUU